AUGUCAAAUGGAUACAGACUACACACGUCGUCAACGAAACACAUUAACCCUUCACAUGCAAGCUCGUCUACGAUUCAAAUCACUGGUCAGGUUCUAGCUUCAUCUCAGCCUACGAAAUUGUUCAAUUACCAUCACGAAACAUCAAUCACGUCACUAGAUUUUGACGAUACUGGUCAAUAUUUGAUUUCAUCUGGUGUAGACAAAUCCAUACAGUUGUAUGAUUGUCACAAAGGAAUCCACUAUAAAGACAUUCAGUCGCAAAAGUAUGGUGCACAUUCGGCAAGAUUCACGCAUGAGGGCCUUAAUUGUUUGUACGCGUCAACGCCUGAUGCACUUAGUACUACCGAAACAAAGGAGGAUGACACAAUAAGAUAUCUUUCCUUGUCAAGCAACCAAUACAUUCGUUACUUUAAGGGUCACAAAGCUCAGGUAUCGAAUAUCAAGGUAAACCCAGUGCACAAUACAUUUGCCAGUUCAAGCUACGAUGGAACUGUAAAGUUUUGGGAUUUGAAAGUUUCAUCUGCAAUUGGUAGUAUCUCCAUUGGCCAAAACUCAGUUUGUGGGUUUGACCCACACGGGGUAGUUGUUGCGAUUGGUAGGUACCCACUAGGUGAGUCUCGAAACGGAACAUUGGGAUUAUAUGACCUAAAAACAUUUGAUAAAGGACCGUUUGUUGAAGUCAACAUACCCUGUCUACAGAAUCAACUAUGGAACAAGUUGGAAUUUUCAAACAAUGGUAAGCUCAUAUUGAUAUCAACUGAUUCACGCGAACACUACAUCUUAGAUGCUUUUCUGGGUAGAGUUAUGGCAAUUGUGCGGUUAUCUUAUAAAAAUGAUCCUCAAUGGAUGUCGACUGAGUAUCCGUACGAUGGGUGCUGCUCUUUCACACCUUGUGGGAAGUUCUUGCUAGUAGGCAGUCCAAAAUCGAUAAUCCACAUAUUUGAUUUAAGCAAUUUAAAAGCUGAUGCUGAGCGUCCAGUGACUUUAUCAAGAUCAAAUGAUAUUUUGAAGACGACCCAAGUACCCAAAAUUGUUGCUUUCAAUCCAAAGUUGUUUAUUUUUGCAACCGCAGACACAACGGUAAAAUUGUGGCAACCGACAGAAAGUCAAACUUAA